AUGGCAUUGAUCAUGUACAUACGCCAUCUUGUCUCACAGCAUAGAUAAUUAUAGUUCAACAUAAUUAUCGAUCUCCGAAGCUUGGACAUAGUUUUUUUAUGUUGCUUUAAGACGAUCAUUUUCCUUUUCAAAAGAUGGUCAUGUAAGGUGAUGCCAUAAUAUGUCAAUGAAGAUAAGUCUGGAUUACACCUUCAAGUUGUGCUGAAUCGGGAACUACGCCAAUCUACGGCGAAUGUCUGAUGAACGUAACAGCCUAAAGAGAGAGCUUACCAAAUCAGCCUGGAGUACACCAUCAACUUUCUGCUGCAUCAGCAACCACGCCAUCUUCGGCAAAUAUUUGAUGAAUAAGAUCAGAUCACUACUUCAAUCACCAUGGCAGCUAAUUUCUCCACAGACCAACAAUGUGAAGGAAAGGAGUGUCAAUCAAUCACAGAUGUGACGUACUACGUGGAGGAGAAGAAGAGACUAUGUGAUGAAUGUGCCUCUGAGGAAAAAAGCAUCAAAAGAGUUAAAAGAGGUGAAACAAAUAUUUAUUGUGAAGAACAUGGUGAAAAGGUAAAAUUAUACUGUAAAACUCAUGGUGUACCAUUGUGUUAUUCAUGCGCUAUGAUCAAACAUCAACAGCCUUGCGAGAGACAAGAUAUAAAUAAAGCAAUAAAAGAAAGUAGGGCCAGUCUAACUGUUCUAAGAGAAAAAGCUAAGGGCAAAUCUAAAAAAAGUCGUGUGUGUUUAAAUAAAAUUGAACAAUGCACGAAACACACAGACACCCAUCUACAAGCCUUGAAAGAUAAAAUUAAUUCGACAAUAAAGGAGGGGAUCAACAUAGAUAAAGCAAAGGAGAAGAUGGAGGCUGACAAAAUCAACCAAGAAUUUGAUGAUCAGAAUCAAAUACUUCAAGAAGAGAUUCUGAAGAUUAAUGAGAAGAUUCGAAAGAACAAUGAAGAGAGAGAAAAACAACUUGAAUUAAUCCAUACAAAUGCACAGAUUAGACAAGGACAAUUGAAUAAUAAGAAGACUGGUCUUCAUAGAGACAUUGAUAACAUUGUUAAAGAGAAGGAGAGGAAGAUCAGAGAGUUGAUGAAAUCAUUGCAGGAUGACACAAAAAUAAUUGAGAAUGCAAUACAGACCAUAGAUACAGUACUAGAAGACGAUAAAAACAUUGUUAAAGACGGUCAUAGUGUGAGAAUGUCAGUGAGUGAUAAACUAAAGAAACCACUUUAUAAGAAUGAUGUGAAACAAAUCACUGAUAUAAUAUCAUGUGUGAGGUUUGUAAAGAGUGUUGGGAGAGAGAAGUAUGAUGGUAGGAUUGGUGGGUAUGAUGGCGAGUGGAUGCUUAGUGAUACAAUCAAUGUUAAGAAUAAAAUCAUAGGCCCAUGUAUUGUUGGUUGCAUAGAUGAAUGUAAUGUGAUCAUCACUGACACAUUUUCAGGUAGCUGCAGGCAUACAUACAUGUUAGAUAUAAACACUAAAGACAUUCAGAGAGUGAUAACGGGUACUGAUACAUCAUGGGUUAUCUCCUGUGCAUUACUGAAUGAUGACAAGAUAGUGUGUGGUAGACGCUAUAAAGGUUGUACAAGGGACAGUUUGACUGGAAGCAUCAGUGUGUAUGACAGACAAUGGAUGUGCAUCAAUGACGUCACAAUACCAAGAAACACAACGCGCGAUACCUCAUGUGUGGAUGUAGCUGUUGACCGUGAUGGGAUGAUCAUCGCUGCUGAGUGGAAUCAGUCUAAGAUAUACGUCAUCAACCCAGCUGAUGGUAAGAUCGUGAAUACCAUCACAUGUAAACAGGAUGUACGGAUGCGAGGUGUGCUAUUAUCAGGUCACAUCAUCGUUCAACCUUACCCUCGUGAUGAGAGAGUACUAAUCAUAGACAGACAGGGUGGUCAAAGGGAAAUCCCCCACAGUGAUGUCAUCCGGAAUGUCAGUGUUGAUCCUAUAACAGACGACCUCUACGUUGUGACAUCAGAUGAUGAGGGCAAGACGUGUAUGAUUGAUCAGGUGAUGAGUGGGAAUGAAGUGAAGAAGAGAAGAGUGACGUCAUUCCCUGUAUCAACUAGACUGAAUAAGGUGAAUAGGAUACAUCUCCUUUUUUCAUCUCGUGUAAUGAUCUCAUCAUCAGGCAAGAUAAUUACUUUUGAUGGAGAUAGUAUUCUCGUCUUCGAAAAGCGACUCACAUUCUAAACGAUGACAUGUCGGGAUCAUUCACUAUGAUGAAUAUGAGACACACUGACCAGAACAAUACCAUCUUUGGAUAAUUUAAAUAUCUGUAGCAUUGAGGCCUUAUAAGACCUAAUAACUCUGACCCAUUUUAAACAUCACGGUUAACAAUAGGCCAUUAUUAAAAAAAAAAAAAAUAAACCCCAAAACUCCCGUAUCCAAGAACAUGUAUCAUGCAUGUGGAAUUAGGUUUCUAUAUCACUGGUUGAAAAUAUUAUUGGCGAGGUCAUAUUGCAUAAAAUAUGACGAGCCGUCAUCAUCAUCAUCAAGCCUACACGCCACGAUGGAUUUCCUUUAGAAAGUAUUGCUUUGCAAAAUGUAUAAUACAUCUUGUAAUACUUAUUUUCACAACUUAUAUUACGACUAAUACUACAGUUUUGUUAUAUAAUACCUUUGUAUAUUUUGACAUUCUGAUACCGAUGUGAAUGCAGAAAUAAAAGGAAAUCAAAAUAAAUAAAGUCAUAGUGGCAUAAUGCCAUAUUUUAUAUUUCCAUAUUUUCUGGUAUUUGAAAGAUAGAUAACCAAACACACUUCCGAUUUGAAGGUGCAGACAUUGAUCAGAUUCUACUGAGUGCAGUGGCUGAACAACUUAAUUCAAGAAUGUACAAGAAUCCAUAGAUUUAUCGUAAAAUUGAACAAAGAGAUAUAAAUCAAUACAGAUUGGAAUCAUUUUCUCUCAAUUGGACUGGUAAUCCUCACUUAGCGAAUGAAAUAUGCAUUCUUUUUAUGGACAAGGUUUAAAUUACUUCCAUAAAAAUAUGCCAUGAGCCUGUCAGACUUCUAAUUUAAACAUUGGUGUCACAUUUCUGUUUCAAUCUCAUCUGUUUCACUUGCCAUCUUAAUAGCAAUUAGGUUUCUAUCAGCGAACAAACUAAGAGCAAAACACUAACAAGACUGAUUGGAAUACGAUUCAAUGUAGAUUUAUUAAUUUUGGCCUUUUAAGUGCAAACAUAAGGGACCCCGUCGUAUAAAAAAUAUUCACUUUUAGCCCAAAUAUUGGCCAAGAGCGUUUUUCUUAAAUAUAUUUUCCUUUUAGCAUCAUUCUUUUAUCAAAUAAACUAAGAAAUAUAAUACAAGGUUUAAUGAAUUCAACGGUGUAUAUAAAGUAAAUAACGUAUAAGAUUAAGGGAACUUGGCGCGCCAAGUCGACUGCUAAUUGCAAAUACAUAUAUGGAACAUAAAUAUGCACAAUACUUAUUAAAGGGGGACACAUGGAUAUUUCACAUGCUUAUGUUAUGUUGCAUGGUUGACUGGCAUGGAGAGAGAGAGAGAGAGAGAGAGAGAGAGAGAGAGAGAGAGCGCGGGGGCUAAUAGGAAGAUAAAUGUAAGAUGAUUGGACAGAAAGAAAGGAGGGAGAAGAUUUGAUGAGUAGAAUCUGUUUCAACAAUAUACAUCGAUCCCUUAAUAUACUGUAUAGUCAUGUCUAUGUGCAGUAGGUCAAUUGAGUUUGCUAAAACCGUUACUGAGAGGGUUAAAAGUUGUGCAUUGUUUUUUCAAUAGAAUGUUUAUUCGAGAAAAAAUUCUAUAUUUUGACAUAAUUCAUAUACUGAGAAACCAGUGAACUAACACUUGAUAAAGUUAUGAUAAAAUCAUUGUAUUUACACGAAAUAUAUUCAGCCAUUUUUUAAACAACCUUUAUGAAAGGCAGACCCACUAUGUACAGUAUAACUGAAAAUGGUGAAUUUUAAAAUAACAGUUUGCUUUUGAAUAUUUGUUUUCAAUCAGACCAUUAACGAUAAUGAUCAAUAUCAGAAUCAUGUAAAAUAAAUGUUUAUUCAUCUUGGCCUUAUUUACAUAAAGAAUUGUAAGCCUUGCGUAAGAAAUAUUUUGUUUUGAAAUGUAAUACUGUAAAUAGUUCAGGUUUUUUUUUAUAGUUAUGAAACUAUCAUUAUGUAAUAAGAAUUCGUCUUUGAUUGAUGUUGAUGGUUCCAUAGCAAAAUCAAACUGCAAAUUGGUUCAAUCUUUUAUGCACAAUAUAAACAUAUAUUUGGGAAAUUAUGUGUAUUUCUCUUAUACAUGAGACUUAAGUGAUUUUUGUUUGAACAUAAGGUUUAUAUAUUAUACCUUAUUCUUUAUAUUCAUGAUACCAUACUGCUCAAUAUGGUGACAAUGAUGAUGAUGAUGAUGAUGAUGAUAAUGAUAAUGAUGAUGAUGACGAUGGUGAUGGUGAUGGUGAUGAUGAUAAUGAUGGUGAUGAUGAAGAUGAUGAUGAUGAUGAUGAUGAUAAUGAUGAUGAUGAUCGUGAUGAUGAUAAUGAUGAUGAUGACGAUGGUGAUGGUGAUGAUGAUGAAGAUGGUGAUGAUGAAGAUGAUGAUGAUGAUGAUGAUGACGAUGGAGAUAAUAUUGAUAAUAAUGGUGACGGCCAAGAAUACAGUGACUAGUAUAAGAAUUUUAAUCUGUUAUUUAAAGAUAAAAGAUAACUGUAUAAAUAAUGUUGUUAUCGAUUGCAUUUUAUAAACUUGUCGUGGCCGAGUGGUCUAAGGCGCCUGGCUAUACAUUGAAAGUCCGGGGUUCGAUCCCAGGCCGCGGUACCUAUGCCCGUGAGCAAGGCAUUUAAUCUAAAAUUCUCUUUUAUUCUGCUUUCAAAUAGAUGGAAAUGCUUUGUGCAUUAUUGGUAACUAGGUGUGCACUUGUUUAAAAAAAAUAGGUGAACGGUAAAGAACAAUAUGCGCGUAGAAAUUUUGAAUUAAUUCAUUCUUAAUUCUGUUAAUAAUAUUAAUGCUAUUUUUUGUCGGUGAGAUUAUUAUUCUUCUCCAAUGGUUUUAGUUUGUACGUGUCCAGUGAUAUGAUAUGAUGAAAACCAUGUUACAUAACCUCAUACUCUUUCAAUUUGGUAGAAAUCAUAAUGCUUGUUUUUUUACAGUGAGUUUAAUUGAAAACAGUUCAUUCAAUAAUAACUUUGCAACUUUGACACUCUUUCGUCUUCAGCGUACUGCAGAGAUCACUUGGUAAAAAACUUGUUUAAAAAAUUGUUUUAAAAUCAUCAUAUCGUAUCUCCUUAUCAACUAUGAGAAAGAAUUAUCAAUAUAAUUGUGGUUAAAAUAUAUCAAAUGAUUAUAUAAUGUGUUAAUGUUAUGUCCAACGUUUCAUGUAAAACCCUUAAUGUAUAUUUUUUUAUGAUAAGCGCAUGAUGUAAAUAAUUACUAUUCCUUAAUGCGAUAUAUUAUCUAAUAAAAGGAAGUACAGUGGUGUUAUAAAGUUAGUGAAUCUACCAGAAAAUGAACAAAUAUUUUUAACAGUUUUCAAAUUCUGCACUCUUUUAGAUAUUUUAUUGUGCGGUCAGGUGACAAAAUAUAACAUUCAAUAUUGUUUGGUUAACAAUCCAGGUGAAGUGGGAUUCACUCACUUUGAAGCAACACUGUAUAUUUAAUCGUCAUGAAUUGUAAAUUUAGAAAAAAUCAUUUCAGUUUAUUGAUGAGGCGGGUUUUUGAGUAGCUGGCCAUUUGAGACACAAACUAUGAAAAAUAUUUUUCCCGCCAAACAUUUAAUGAUAUAUUUCUCAGUUAUUUCUAGCCUUUCGGAGAACCUACAUGGCCUCAAGAGAAUUUUAACUUUAAUAACUUCUUUUAUUUUUUUUUUAUCUCACUUUGAUUCGUUUGCGCGUAAUCUAUUGCCUUUGUGAAUGGUUGGCUUUGAAUCACAGUCUUUUGCCUUUUUUGUCAAUGUGUAUUUUGAGCAAGCUGAUUUCGAACAAUAAUUGAGAGCAAUUGUACACACUCUUUGAGCACGAGAAUCGUAUUGGGAAAUCCAAUUCGGUCACCAUUUCACAAAAAUAUAUGCAAUCAAUCGUAAGUGGCAAUGGCAAAUCAGGAUCAUGGUUGAAUGUACAUAAUUGUUAAGAAUAAUUAAAAUGAACCGAUCCGAAUCAAUACUUACAAUGAGCAUAUUGAUCGUAAAUUUGUGUGUUACGGGGCACUGAUCGUAGAUGUUGUACAUUGGACUCUGUUGUUAAAUCACUUCUUUAUGGCUGAAUGCAGACACACAUUAAAUCUCGUUUGCUUUAUUCCAUGAUAUCUGAAAACUUGUGAAAAUUUGUAAAUAAUAAAAUCGGCUUCACAUUAA